AUGUACAGAUGUUACAUAUCGGCUUGUGAAAUCAAUGGUACAAUCAUUGUAGCUGGUGGUUCUGAUGGUAGAACCAGACUGCGCUCCGCCGAAAUUUAUGAUGUUCAGAGAAAUCAGUGGACAAAAAUUCGAAAUAUGACGCAGAAGCGGUCAGAUGCUGCAGCAUGCGCGUUUGCUGGUAAAAUGUUCAUUGCCGGUGGCUAUAACGGAGAUACUGUACUACAAACAAUCGAAAUGUACACGCUAGAAGCGGAUGUUUGGACUGAAGUAGCGCAUAUGACCACGCCCAGAUCCGGUACGAAUUAA